AUGCUGCACCAUCCCGUCGCACAAACUCAAGCCAUCCUCAGUCACCAACAAGCCGUCUUUGACACAACCGCCGCAUCUCCUCGCGCCUCGAGAAAAGACAAGCAUCUUGCGACCGAAGCGUCCACCUGGCCGCUUACACUCUUCCAGCGAGCCCGUGCUUUAGCGGGUCUCAUUGCCCUACCCCCGCUCCCGCCCUUUGCACUCGACGUCAUCGACGCCGAGACCGCCGGAGCCAUGCCGUCGACGCGCAGGUUACCGACCACUCGCGUUAUUUCACCGAGCCCUACACCCUCCGAAAUAGAUGCGCAAUCACCUCCUUCGACUUCGACGUCGCAGGAUACAUCAUAUUUUGCGCCCGUCACGAGAUCCGCAGCUCGCAAGCGGUUAGCUACGCCGCAGCCGGUGGAGGAGUCUGUCAAUGAGGAUGAAGAACACAAUCCGGAUCUUAGACGGGCUCGAACACGGAGUCGUAGUCCGAUGGAUGACCAACGCAUCAAGCCUUUAAGCUCAAGCAGCACCUCAGACUCGAAAGCAAAGACCAGCAACAGCAGUAGGAAACAGACGUCGACGACAAGUGGUCAAAGCAACGGCAACGGCAAAUCAGUUGAAUCCAAUGGUCAUCUCAAGCCCGCAGCUGCCAUGUCGACCUGGGAUACCUGGCGUGAGACGUGGAGUCGUAGCCCCAGCCCCUUAGGCUUGAUUCCUAUUCAUCGUCAUUGGCGAACUUUUGUCCACAAACAUGAAGUACCGCGCAAGCUCCUCCAUGUCUCCAUCGGCUUCCUAGUCGUAUGGCUCUACCUGUCUGGGACGCAGACAUCAUCGGUAACGCCAUGGUUGAUGGCCCUUUUAGUUCCCAUCACAGCCGUUGACCUGCUGCGUCAUCACCAUUCUGGCUUCAACAGGCUGUACGUCAAGGUCCUUGGCGCCUUGAUGCGGGAGUCCGAGUUCGCGGGCUACAAUGGGGUCAUUUUCUACCUUUUGGGCGCGUGGAUAGUGCUUUACUUUUUCCCAAAAGAUAUUGGUGUCGUGGGUACUUUGAUGCUGAGCUGGUGCGACACGGCAGCAUCCACGUUUGGCCGACUGUACGGCGCCUACACCCCGCGAAUCCGCCGCGGAAAGUCUCUUGCUGGCUCUACAGCCGCCUUUAUUGUCGGCGUGGCCACGGCUGGUGCAUUCUGGGGUUGGCUGAGGCCGACAUACGGACCAUUCCCAGGCGACGACGCUUUUAUGUUCACUGGCUCACUAGCGCUGCCGCGGGCUUUGUGCGAUGCCUUUGGUAUCUCGCGCGAGGCGGCCACCAUCACAGGGCCGUUAGCCCUUGGCGUCAUGAGCUUGUGGUCUGGGUUCGUUGCCUCUGCAAGUGAGGUUGUGGAUGUUUUUGGAUGGGAUGACAACCUUACCAUCCCAGUCCUGUCAGGGGCUUCCAUUUGGGGCUUUUUGAAAAUCUUUGGCUGA